AGGGUGAAAAGGUGAAAAGCCAUUGAAAACAUCACGUGAUUAUAUCAAAAAUCUGAUGAUUUGACUCUAUACUCAAUCGUUUAGAUUGAAAGGCUCACAUAGAAAUGAAACCGAGUUCUUUGCGAUAGUCUUGAAGAUAUCUACUUCCCUCUUACGACAUCCAAAUUUUUCCUUUUUUUUCUUCUCACAUCGAGACUUUUUAUCUGCAAGAGAGCGCGUGCGCAAGUGCUCUUAUCCCCGAUCUCGAACGCUGGUUGGCUAAACAUAUACCUCGCGUGUCUCAACCCAAAUGUCCAAACUUUCCAGCUUGGCAACAUCAAAUUGAAAAAGGUUUCCUUUUCUAUCACCAGCAAUUGUCCUACAAUACCUGCAUUGCAUAGAUGUAAGUGUUUCUACUCUUUUCCUUCGGCCCACAGUCCACUUAGUAGUGUGGUUGAUGCGUUUCCGCUUCUUUCGCACUGCCCUUCCGCAGUAUUGUCGCUGGUCGUCAUGGCGCCAAUUCUUCUUGGGCAACUACUGACCAUCAUCACAAAUCCAGUGCGAUACGAUAUCUCUUCUAUCCAGUCCGUUAGAUAGAACGUUGCACAUACUUAGCAAUUCACACUAUAGACCAGAGGGUCAUUGGAGCGGGGAUCUUGGUCGCAGUUGAGGUUGAAUGGGGGGAGGAAAGUAACAACAUACAACAUUCCUGCGAUCUUAUUCAAUCAACAUCAUCAGAGAUACACCUAUUUGCUGUCAGAAUAGGGCCGAUAGUAAACUUGACCGAUGACGGCAGUCGCAAAUUUACCCAGUUUCCCGCAGAUCAAUAGGUCGGCAUGGGGAUCUAGUGUUAACCAAGGAGGAAUGAAUGCUAUAAAUGGCGACGAAGUGAGCAGAAUGUUCAUGCCACGGAAAAGCGCCCAGCGCGCCAACUCAUCCUCGUCGAUAAAUUCAUUAUCUUCGAACUCUUCUACUUCAUCCAACUCAACGAUAUCGCAACAAACACCACAGACUAAUGGCGUACCUAUGUCUUCGUCUAGCGAAUCAAACAAUUGGGGUACGGCGGCAGCACGAAAGAAAGUCCCUAGGGUGCAGCCGUCAUGGAAUAACAAAUCAGAUACGAUAACUGGUUCCAAUACGACACGACCUUCAUCGACAUUGACAAAUGGAAAUUCUGGUUCAUCCAUGACUCCAUUACAUCAGCCGGCUCCCAUGGUACCAUCACAGCACAUUAUACCAAACGGAUCACAACCCAUGAGACCCCAAGGCCAACCCUCAGAAGGGGAGCCGAUGCUCUACUUACUGUCUAUGAACGGCACUUUUGACCACAAGAGAAUAUCAGUACCAUUCUACCCGGACAGCUUAAGAAUUGGACGUCAGACAAAUGCUAAAACUGUACCGUCGCCCGCGAAUGGCUUCUUUGAUUCGAAAGUACUAUCGAGACAGCAUGCGGAGAUAUGGGCAGAUCGAAGUGGGAAAAUAUGGAUUCGAGAUGUAAAGUCUUCCAACGGUACCUUUGUCAACGGAGCGCGCUUAUCGGCCGAAAACAAGGACUCAGAUCCACAUGAGCUGCAGUCGCAAGAUCAUCUUGAGCUUGGUAUAGACAUUGUGAGCGAGGACCAGAAGACUGUCGUACAUCACAAAGUCGCUGCGAAGGUCGAACAUGCAGGUUUUGCCGGCUCAACUAAUAAUGUUUUAGACAUGAGCUUUGGCGAUUUAAAUCCCGCCAAUGGAUCAAUGAUGUUACCAUCCCAAGGACCAAUGAUGAGAGGGAGAACUAGUAGUCAAAGUUCAAUGGGUAGUAAUGGCCGCAUGGGGCCACCAGGUAGUGUAGCUGCAAGCCAAAUGAGUGUCAUGGGUCAGCAACGCCCGAUGAAUUUCUGGUUAACCCCCGUUACGACAGAGCAGAUAGUAAAGAGGCUUUCUGUAAGUUCACAUAAUUGCAUGGAUUGAUUCAUUGUAUAGCUAACAUAUAGUCCAGCACGAAAUGCGGACGGCCCGAUUACAGAACUCUGAUCUCGGGCGAGCAGACAAUUUCUUUAGUGGCCUCUUAUCGAAGGAGAAUGUGAAAGAACCUGAUAGCGCGCCAAACGUAGAACUACCGAAACCUGCGGUAGCAAAUGGUUCUGCAUUAGCCUUCCGAGCUGAAGGCAAAGCUCGAUUCUCUGACCCUCCUGCUCCCCCGCCUCAACAACCCCUUCCUGAAAAACCGGAUGUUGCUCGUUCUCAUAUUUUUGACCCUGCGUCACCUACUGCCUCUUUGAGAAGAGCAAAUAUUGAAAAACAUAGAUCCUUGGCGAAUGGCUCCCCGGUCAGGGAGGUAGGUAGUCAAAUAAUUACUUUGGUGGAAGCAUUGGCAUCAGCCAAGAAAGAGAUCGACUCACAGAGUGCUCGGAUGCGGGAUUUAGAGGACAUGCUUCAGAAGGAACGGCAAGCACGAGAAACAGCGGAAGAAAUGGCUAAAAGACUAGAGCUCCAGACUCCGGAGGGCAAUAUGAAUGGGAGAGCUAAGCCCGGGACGGAAGGAUCAAUUAUCGAAGAUGCUUUUGAACCACCCUCGGAAGACGUGUUAUCACAAGACAAAGACGUCAAUGCACAUGUUGAUGCUAAUGGUAUCGCCGACUCAUCUCGUCGGUUAGAGCAACGACUUGAAACUAUGCUUUCAGAUAUGCAGGAGCUGAGAUCACAAAUGGAGUCAUAUAAAAAGAGAGCAGAGACCGCCGAGGCAGAAUGUGAUACCAACCGAAGAAGUUUAGCAGAAAUGAUUGAGAAAAUUCGCUUGAAUGAACGACUCAGACAAUUAGAUUCUUCCGAUCGAUCCAAAUCUCCAUCGAAGCUACACUCCGACAAUCAUAUUAAUGGAGCUGUGAAUGGGGGUGAUUUGGCACUUCAUCCCACAAAACGGCCAAAUGGUUUAAAACAUAGCUCAUCCGAAAAAGAUGAACUUCAUGCAUCACUCAAACAUGUCAUCGCCUCCUCAAAAAAUACUGGCCACGAUCCUUUAUUAUACCACUCGACACCUUAUGUCUCAAUGCUUGGUGUUGUCAUGAUUGGUAUGGGAUUGAUGGCAUAUCUGAAUGGUUGGCAACCACCAAAAGUUAACCAUUAAAACACACAUUCUUUAAUUACACAUUUUCCUUUUGUUUAGAUCAAGCGCAGAUACCAUUUUACGCGGCACACACCUGGUCAUCGAGACCAAAGUUCUGUAUUCAGUCUCUUUUGUUAUCUUUCACGGGGCUCGAAAGUUGUUUAACUUUGCAUGUAGGCGUUGUGGGUUUGCAGGAAUGUGGGUAUUGAGGCAUUGGGGAAAGCGGGCAUGGGCAAGCGGAAGGGGCACAACAAUACCAAGAUUCUGGUUCUUUUGAUUGUUUGAGGUGAAAUGGAUGGGUUUAUCCGCAUACAUAUACCAAAACGGGUUCGGGAAUGGUAUGGAUGGGUUGAAUGGUUGUUUAUCAUUUUGGUGGAAUAGUUACUUACAAUUGUUGACCAUAGUAUAACAUGGACCCGUUACCAGCGCCUGUUUUUUAAUUUCUGAUAAUGUGCGUUCAAAAUGGUCAUUUAUGGCCUGGUCAUCGCAGUUUUUUUUUAAUUUGCUUAAGUUUCUCUUAGGGUGUUUUUUUUGCAUGGAAGAAGAUGAUUCGUUAGCAUGCUCAAAAAGCACAUUAGGUGGAUUUAGGGUUAGGGUUAUGGUUAUAUUACUCUGGACUGUAUUUUAGUUAUUAAACAGCCAUUCAUCGAAAACUUCCUGACCAAUCAAGU